AGGGGAGCCGCUCCGAAUGAAGUCCCAUUAGACAUGUACCCGCGUUUCCUGGACCGCAACUAUCCGCUGGCAAAGCACCUGUUCUUCGUGCCCAGAUACUCGUUUGGGCUGCUGGGUCUGCGCUUUGACGAUGCCAAGUCCCAGUCGUGGAUCUCGCUGGCCUGGCUGGUCUUUAAUGUCGUCAAUUUGGCCCACUGCUGCCAGGCGGAGCUCGUCUUUGGCUGGCACUAUCUGCGGAUCAGUCCCGUGGAUGCCAUGGAUGCUUUCUGUCCGCUGGCCUGCAGCGCCACGACGCUCUUCAAGCUGGCCUGGAUGUGGUGGCGCCGCCAGGAGGUGUUCGCUCUCAUGGAGCACAUCCGCAGGCUAACGGAGCAGCAGGCUAAGCGAGGCGAUCCCAGGAAGAACGGAGUGCGAAGGAGCUACUACCUCACGGCCACGCGCUUUGGCAUGCUCGUCUUCACCCUGGGCAGCAUCACGACCUGCGCCUUUGUGCUGCGAUCCCUGUGGGAGAUGUGGUCCCGUGGCCUGGCCGAGUUCAAGUUUGAUAUGCCCUUCCGCAUGCUGUUCCCCGACUUUGCACAUCGAAUGCCUUGGUUCCCGCUGUUCUACUUGUACUCCACGUGGAGCGGACAGGUGACGGUCUACGCCUUUGCCGGCACCGACGGCUUCUUCUUUGGCUUCACCCUUUAUGUGGCCUUUCUGCUGCGAUCGCUACGAGUGGAUCUGCAGGAUUCCCUCAAGUCCGUGGACAAUGCCACCCCCAGGGACUUUGAUCUGUGCUGUCGGCGGCUGGCCAAUAUUGUCGAUCGGCACAAUGAGAUUGCGCGGAUUGUCCGCCGCUUCUCGGGGAUCAUGGCGGCACCGACUUUUGUGCACUUUGUGUCCGCCAGCCUGGUGAUAGCCACCAGUGUCAUAGAUAUCCUGCUGUAUUCGGGCUACAACAUCAUCCGCUAUGUGGUGUACAUGUUCACGGUCAGCUCGGCCAUUUUCCUCUACUGCUAUGGCGGCACGGAGAUGUCCACCGAGAGCCUCUCUUUGGGGGAGGCGGCGUACAGCAGUGACUGGUACGGCUGGGAUCGUGAGACCCGUCGGCGUGUCUACUUGAUUAUCCUGCGCGCCCAGCGACCCAUCACCGUCGAUGUGCCCUUCUUUGCGCCCUCCCUGCCGGUCUUCGCAGCGGUCAUCAAGUUCACGGGCUCCAUUGUGGCGCUGGCCAAUACCAUAAUGUAG